AUGUCGGUUACGUCUACGCCCGGUAUCGAUCCCAGUCGUGCCAAGUCACCUUCGGCAUACUCGAGUAAUCUUUCAUGCAGCUGGAAUGCCUGCAAAGAAAAGUUUAGCAGCCCAGAGUUACUUUAUGAGCACCUUUGUGAGUGGCACGUUGGUCGCAAAAAUACCAACCUCAACUUUACUUGCCGGUGGGUCAGAUGCCCGACUACAACAUCGAAGAGAGAGCAUAUGGUUUCGCACAUGCGCGUUCAUGUGCCGCUGAGACCUCAUGAAUGCAAAAACUGCGGCAAGUGCUUUAAGCGCCCCCAGGAUCUCAAGAAACAUCUCAAAUCCUAUGCCCAUAACCUGACUCUGACCGGGCCGCCUCAGGAACCCCAGGGGCGACAUACUUAUAGACUACUGUCUCGAAGUGGUCCUGUUCCAUGUUAUGAUCAGUAUAACCAGCUACAUUUCAACGACACCAUAUCUCCUCACCAGGCUGGACAGUCUAAGCAUCACGACCCUCCCCAGCCCACCUCCAUUAGCUCUGGUCUCAAGUUCAAUCCGCCUGCCGUGAACGACGUCUACGCUGAGCACUUCAGAUGUAAUAGCGCGCCUGAAGGCUAUGAGCAUUUACAUACACUUGGACUGGUCGAUGACUUUUUCGAUAAAGCCAAGCGCCGCCAAAUUUCCCCAUCGUCCUAUGCCGAAAUCGACCACUUCCUAGUGCCUCUGCGAGGAUCCCUUUCGGUCCCCAAUGCUUGUAUAACCGCGCCGCACCGGUACACUCCUCCGCCAACAAACAUAGCUGUCGUUUGCACGGAUACCAACCCACGCCAGAAUUUACUGAGACAGCAAUACGAUGCGUCCGUGUCUCGCGUUCAUACUCCAGGAGGCUUCCACACGCGUUGA